AUGAUGCGCCACACGGUAGUGCAGUACCACCGCACAGGCAAGUCGCGUGCCUUCAUUAUGCGCGACCCGUCGCUGAAGAUGAUGCGGGCCGGAAGCGGCUUCCAGCAGCUGAAGCGCAUGGGCAUGCCGUCCCAGAGAACCCUUGGCUACCGCCAGGUGGACAACUUCUAUGCCAACAACCAGUACCAGCACGCGUGGCCGCUGCUCACCCACGACGAUCUUGGCAACAGUGACCAGUCAAAUCAGACCAAAAAUAUCCUCUACUCCAUGUACAUGCCGAAGCGUAACAAGGGUACGGCGCCAUGGUUUCGCGGUGCCGACACGUACUCGGUCAAGUACUGCGAGCAGGGCCGCUACGAGUACCAGCGCUACCUCAUGAUCAACCGCUUCCCCAGCGAGUACAAGAAGCACUUCCUACGCUUCUUAGGCAACAUCCGCGGCGCCAAGUCGAGAGACGCCGUCCCGCAAGAGGCACUGCACUGGCUGCUGCGGAUGAUCGUCGACAAUUUCAACCCGCAGCACGUGCAUUACAUUGCCGCCAUGCGGACGCUUCAGGAUGCAGGCGAACUGGACAUGGCUCGAGACGUGUGGAAAAUCAUGGAGCGCCAGCAGACCUGGCCCGACACGGCCACAAUCUGCGCCUACCUGGACGUCUGCGUCGAAGCAGGCGAAAAGAUGUGGGCCGUGGAGGCAUGGAAUCGCUACUGCACAGAGUUGCGCUUUCUGCAGGAAGGCGAAGUUGACCCGAAGCCCAUCACCCGCACCCCGUUCUCCCUCACUCGCGAAGAACUGCUGUACCUACCCAAGUGGAAGAAGCACUUUGACCACGACCCAAACCUGGAUGUGCCGGACCUGAACCGGUUCAACCGCACGCGCGAGGUCUACCUGCGCAUGGCCAAGGUAAUGCUGGCCAGCAACGACGUGGAUAUGUUCGAGCACUUCUUUAGCAAGCUUGAGGCCGCCAUGCUGAACACCCCAACGCCGGUGCCGGAGCCGCCCAACCCGCAUCUGGUACGCCGCCCACGCUGGUCCCCUUACGAGCACCAAAAGUCCCUCCACCACUCGCCCUGGCGCAUGGCCAACAACGGCCGCGCCAUGGCCCUCGGCCCCUCGCGGACGACGGAGGAUGAAAUGCAGAGUCGUUUCUUCACCAACUCGCAGUUCCUGGUUCACGCGAUAAAGGAAUUCGUGGCGGUGGUGCUGCAGCGGCACAUGGCCAUGUUUCCGGAGGCAGUGGACGCACAGACGGCUGCCCCAGUCUUCUUUGAGCCGACUGCCACAGCGCAGGAGACGCUGGCGUUUUGCGACGGACUGCUGCAACGGAUGAUGGAGCGCCUCAAGGGCAAGCUUGGCAGCCUCGCUACGUCCCCUCUGCUGACCACGCUGCUGUGCGUCCGGCGUAUCGUCGGCAAGCAGUCUGGUCGCGCGCUGCAAGAGUAUGCAAAUCAGUUCCUCGCCAAGAAGGCGACACUCAACGCAGACGGCCUGUGCGAGUCACUGACAGCGCCAAACUACUUCCAGAUCCUCGCAGCCUACGCAGACGAGAGCGCCCACAAUUACAACGCCAAGACACGGCAAUACACGUAUGCACCGGGCUUCCGACCGACCGAGACGAUGAAAGGACUGUGUGCCACGCUGAAGGAGAUUUCGGCGAACCAGCACGUGGCCUGGUCGGCGGAGAUGCACUUGCAGGUGGUGCGGACCUUGGUAGGCUGCGGCACCAUGAAGGCGAACACGUACUUUGUCGAGAACGUACUACGGCAGUUCAAGUGGGACAGCCGCUUCCUCGAGGCCCUAUACGCGGAGUACCGCCGCCAAGACAGCGUUGACCUGUGGGCUGAGCUCACAAAGCGAGCCCUCGUGUGGACAGCACGGUACAAUGUAAUCGCAUCAGAAGGGCUGAAGCGGUUGAUCGAGGACGACUACGACAUCAUUCACGUCCAGACGCGCUCCUUCCGCGAGCUCGCUGUGUUUCAGUUUCGCGACGUGGAGGAGAAGCGGCACGCCCACAACGUUGUGAACGAGUUGCCGAACCCGUGGAUCGACUACGUCACUCACGCGUUGCCUUUCCCGGACCGCGAUGCCGGCUACCCCGACGAGUACGGCGAUAUUGGUCAGUGGCGUGCGCCAGGCGGCCCGGGGUCACCGGUGAAGGGCCCGGGCUACUACGCACCGCCGAUGGAGGGCGAGCACCUGCGCGGCUACACAGCCGAGUGGCGUGACUUGAAGAACCCGAUGAAGCCGCCCGCCUUCCCAGAGCCGUGGGAGCGCAAGUACAAGCAGUACGCCCGCGGCCAGCAUCCCUCGUACGACAUGGUGUACGCUGGUCCGAUGCCUGAGAUCUUUCCUGGUCGGCGCGACUUCCGUAAACCAACUCGCUGGGACUUCCACGACGUGGAGAAGCAGGGCAAGCAGAAGAUCAGCGGACCCUACUAA